UUACGCUCAUGACAAUACCACGGCACUACAUUGCUGGCUCUAAAGGGACUAUAAAACAGCUGGAGAGAGGGACGUUGCUAUUAUUGUCUUUGGAGAUCUGUGAGUUUGGACGGUUAGAUCCAGAGCAUGUUUGUGACUGUGCUCCUGCUUCUGGUCACUCUGUGUGCCCAGGGAGGAAAAGGCGAGGAGAGUGCAGAGGCACAGAGACCCGGUCAUGUUUCGGUGGUGAUAGUGGGAGGCACAGGUGACCUGGCAAAGAAGUACCUGUGGCAGGGCUUCUUUGAACUGUACGCUAACCAGGUUAGUGGAGGAAACACCUUUUCCUUUUAUGCUGGAGGACUAUCACCUGCAGAUGCUGCCAAGCCUGUCUUCUUUGAGAUCCUAAAGGCGGUGUCCUGCUCCAAAGAUGCAUCACCGGAGCGCUGUGCUCUGCUAAAAGAGCAGUUCCUGAGGCUCGCUCAGUAUCGCCAGCUGAAGACUCUAGAGGACUACCAGGACCUUGCCAAGCACAUCAAACAAGAGCUUCAACAAGAGGGAAUAACAGAGGCAGGGAGGCUGUUCUACCUCUCAGUGCCAGCCUUUGCAUACGCAGAUAUUGCUGAUAAGAUAAAUAAUAGUUGCAGGCCGAGCAGCGGGGCGUGGCUGAGGGUGGUGCUAGAGAAACCUUUCGGACAUGACUACAGGAGCGCCCAGGUACUUGCAUCUCAGCUCGGAAGCUCCUUGAAGGAUGAUGAAAUGUACAGAAUUGACCAUUACCUAGGGAAGCAGGUGGUUGCAAAUAUUCUUCCAUUCAGAGUGGAGAACAAAAAAUAUCUGGAUCCCAUCUGGAACAAGCACCACAUUGAGAGAGUGGAGAUCGUGAUGAAAGAGACCCUUGAUGUUAAAGGUCGUAUUCCAUUCUAUGACCAGUACGGGGUGAUCCGCGAUGUGCUACAGAACCACCUGACUGAGGUCAUGACCCUGUUGACCAUGAGGCUUCCCAUGAAUCUGAGCAGCAGUGAGGAAGUCCUCCAAAACAAGCUGCAGAUCUUCAGUUCUCUGCUGCCCCUAGGAAAGAAUCAAGCUGUGAUUGGCCAGUACCAAGCGUACAAAACCGCAGUCCAGCAGGAGAUGAAUAAGACAAAAGAUCACGUCAGUCUCACACCAACAUUUGCAGCUGUAUUGGCACAUAUUGACGAGGCUCGGUAUGAAGGUGUGCCAAUCCUUCUGAUCUCAGGGAAGAUGUUGGAUGAACGGGUAGGAUAUGCACGCAUACUUUUCAAGAAUGACAUAUUUUGUCUUCAGAACCACAACAGCGUUUACUGCAAGCCUAAACAAAUAGUUUUCUACUUUGGCCAUGGCAAGCUUCAAUAUCCAGCAAUUCUUGUAAGUAAGAAUUUAUUCAAGCCGGUUUUGAUAAACGAUGAGUGGAAGGAAGUGACGGACCAUAAAGAUGUCAAUAUUCUAGGUUUGCAUAUUUCAGACUAUUAUGUGCAAACUCCACGAGAGCAGAAGGAAGCCUAUUCAGAACUUAUUUCUCACAUUUUUGCUGGACGUAAGAAUAGUUUCAUCAGUGCUGAACACCUGUUGGCUUCCUGGGGCUUCUGGACACCGCUGCUCAGCAGCAUAGCCACCUCUUUUCCCCGCAUCUACCCCGGGGGCGCAGACAAUGGAGACCUGCUGGAUGUCCGUGUGAAAGGGAAAGAAAUCAGCUUCAGCAAUGAGGUGGUGUUGAUCAGUCCUGAUCAGAUGGGAGGAUCAGCAAACGAUUUCCAAGUAAUGCAAGGUAAAUUUCGUAGUGCUGACAUGGUGUCCGCCUGGGCCGAGGAGCUGGUGGAGAGACUAGCUGAAGACAUACAGGAAGCAGCGGAGGCAGCAGUGCGUGAGGCAGGUGUUUUUCAUCUUGCCCUCUCCGGUGGGUCGACUCCCCUCGCUCUGUUCCACAGAUUAGCCCUGCACCACUUCUCCUUCCCCUGGAGGGACACCCAUGUUUGGAUGGUAGACGAGCGCUGUGUACCUCUGACUGAACUGGAGUCCAACUUCCACAGUUUGCACAACCAUCUACUGCAACAUGUGAGGAUACCCUAUUACAACAUCCAUCCCAUGCCAGUGCAGCUGAAUCAGCGUCUAUGUGUGGAGGAGGACGGAGGAGCACUGCUGUAUGAGAAAGAGGUCAGCAAGUUGGUAAACGGCUCCAGCUUCCACUUUGUUCUGCUGGGAGUCGGCUAUGACAGCCACACAGCCUCUCUGUUCCCUGGUAGUAAAGUGGAUCAACUCGGGGAGAGUCUGGUGGCCCUCACUGAGAGCCCUGUCAAGCCUCACCAGCGCAUGAGCCUCACUUUCAGCGCCAUUAACCGAGCUCGCACAGUUGCUCUUUUAGUGAUGGGCAAAGGCAAGCAUGAACUGGUCACCCAGCUGAGCCGAGUGAAGGACAACCCAGACAAGUGGCCCGUCACUGGGGUGAAGCCUGCUGAUGGCAGACUGGUUUGGUAUAUAGACUAUGAUGCACUUUUAGGAUAGGAAUUAAAUUCCUAAAUUUCAAUCAAAAAAUGUUUUUGGAGCAACUUAAACCCUUUAAAACCUGAGCAAAUUGGCUUGAUUUCUUUCAAAAGCAUGG